AUGCACGCGAACGCCAUCGACUCCGAGGCGGUCUUCCAGCAGCGCGUCGAGGAGCUGGGUUUGAAGGCCACGUUCGCCAAGUUCAAAGAGUUCGGCUGGGCAUCCCAUGGGAACUUCGCCUUCGCCAUGGCGAGCGGCCCAGGGGGCGUGGUCGAGGACGAGAGGUUCGUGAAUGCGGUCAUCCGCCCGCUGUUCGGCUUGGGCCCGGAGGCGCCGCCGCCUCCGCAGACCGCGGCCGUUCGCAGGCUGUUCUUCGAGUCCCACGCGCUCGCUGUUGGCGAGCUCCGCCAGCGCACGGAGCGGACGGACUCAGACCUGCCCCGGAAAGUCCCCCAGGCCGAGCGGGAAGCUCGUAAAGAUCGUCUCCGGACCCGCCUCGAGCCUGGCGUCGUGGUCAGAGGCGAGCUCGAGCCGGCCAAUUCGCUCAUCGACCGCUUCGUGCAGAUGUGCGAGGACAAUACCUUCACGUGGGUGCCGUGGGAGGAGGCGCCCAAGCGUGACCAGGAGAUCACCUCGCAGCCGGGCAAGCGCAAGUGGGGGCCUGACAGCGAAGGCACGGUGAAGGAGCGCGUCGUGAAGGACCCAGUGAGCGCCGACGUCUCGUCGGCUCUCAAAAUAUCAUGGGCUCUGCAGCGUCGCGGACUUGCAAUGGACAUUGCGGGCGUGAUGAGCUACGAGCAGCACGAGCUGAUCCGCGCGAAGCUCUUUGAGGCGCUAACCCGCGAGGUUCCCGACGCCCAGCGCUACGUCCCCCCUGACCUGUCUGACCUCCGGGCGGCCGACAAGGAGAUAUGGAAGAAGAUGUCCCAGGCGUGCGCCAAAGGCAUCCGCCCUGCAUCCGCGGCGGACCCCGUGCCUGCGGACGCCCACGUCCAGAACAUCCUUGACUCUGUCGAGGUCAACAUGCUGCUCGCGCCCAAGGUCCGGACCGCUUCCAGCGUUUCUAGCACGAAGAGGGGGCGCGUCGAGGGCGAUGACAGCAUCGGCAUCGAGCAGGCCCGGAAGCGCGCAAAGGGGCAGCAGCCGCAGCAGCAGCCGAAGGGCCAGGGCAAAAAGGAUUACGACAAGAGGGGCAAGGGGCCAAAAAGGACCCCUCUCCCGAAGGAGCUGCAGAACGGCGGGGUCGCCGCCCUGCCGGACGGCACGCCCAUCUGCUUCGGGUUCAACCUCAGGACGUGCAGGGAGAAGGUGAACGGGAACAGCUGCCGUCGUGGCCUGCACGUCUGCUGCAAGCGCGGCUGCGCGGCCAGGCCAGAGUUCCGCGAGAUCCUCAGCACGGAUAUGGAUCCAGAUGGCUUCGUGCUCAGGGAGCCCAUCAGUGGGGAGAUACAGAGGCCAGAUGGCACGGUCAUCCCUGCGGGCGCCAUCCCCUUCAAGUCAACGGAGAGCACGGGGGGGCAUUCCGGGUUGAAUUUCGGGGUGCCUUGGUCCCCUCAGCAGUUCCUCGAUGCAGCCAUGGGCGCGAAGCACCCUUUCGAUGCCCGGCCAGUUGUGGACGACAACGUAGCAGAGUGCAUCUUCAAUCUUUUGGCCACCCCGCUUGACGACAUCAAGACGGGCGCGGGCGCUCUAGAGAGGGCCUGGGCUGACCAAGCGAGUGCCCUGGCAGUGCGCGAGGCGGCCCUCCACGCCCAGAUGGACGGCCACGUCAGGAACGUCAUGGAGGGCAAGAACAUUCUGCUGAUGGCGAAGAUGCUCAAGCAGAUUGGGCACGUCGAUCAUGAUCUCCCUCGAGACAUGGCGACGGGCUUCCGGCUGGUCGGCCGCUUCCCGCACAGCAAGGUCUUUCCCUUGAAGCCGGAGGGUGCCGUUGAAGAAGGGCACGACAAACGCUGGUUGUGGGAGCAGGCGCCUGCCGUCAGAGCUUCCCUCAAGGCGGCCGCGGCCAGGCCCCGUCGUAGGGAUGACACCGAGCUCGAGCGCGAAGUUUUUAAGAAGACCAUUCUCGAGGCCGAGAGGGGCUUGGCCAGCGGCCCCUACACAGAGGCCGAACUUGACGAGAUGCUCGGGCGGCGGUGGCUGCCUAGCCGGCGCUUCGGGGUGGCCCAGGGCGAGAAGGUGCGCCCCGUCGACGAUUUCUCUGCGUCGCGAGUCAACGAUGCGGCCACAAUUCUGGAGAGCACCUCUUGGGAAGGGGUGGACGGGAUUGCGGCGAUCAUCAAGCUUUGGUGCCGCCUCCUCAGUGGCCCGGUCGACAUGCGCCUCGCGCUCCAGUCGGGCCGGGUGCUGACCGGCAAGAGGCAGUGGCGCGACGACAUGCUGGUGGGCAAGUGUUUUGACCUCGAGGAGGCUUACCGGCAGCUCGCAAUUUCGCCCAUAGACCGGGACUGCAGUGUCAUCUCGUGCCCAGAUCCCGACGAUGACGGCAAGCUGUCGUAUUUCAUCCUCCACGGCUUGCCUUUUGGUGCCAGAGGGUCCGUGUUGGGGUUCAGCAGAGCAGGAGCGGCAUUGAGGCUAUGUUGUUGUCGCUUGUUUUCGGCGCCGGUCAUAAAUUACUUGGAUGAUUUCCCCCUUGUGGUCCCUGAGGUGAUUGCGACGGCCACCGAAGAAGCCUUCAGAGCAGGUAUGCGGGUGACCGGCUGGAGGCUCAAAGAUUCCAAAGAUGUGGACUUCAGCGUUGUAUUUUCUGCUCUCGGCGUCGAUUUCGAUGUCGCGGAGGCUGUGUCGCACGGCAAGCUAGUGGUAGCCAACACAGCGAGUCGCAGAAAAGCAAUGCAGGAGAAGAUCUCCAACAUCCUUGAUGCUGGGGUGCUGUCUCCGCCUGAGGCGGCCAGCCUGGUCGGAAAGCUGCAGUACGCCGCUGCCCAGAUCUUUGGCCGUUGCGGGGCAGCGGGUCUGUGGCACCUUCGCCGCAGGGCGGAGGGGAAAUGCCCCGGACGGAAAGUGAGCAAAGUGCUGGAGGUCGCCUUGAGGUGGUGGCUUGAGUACCUCGAGGCGGCGCGCCCCCGGACGGUCCGCACGACAGGCGCCCUCCCGCCCCUCGUCCUCCUCACCGAUGGGGCCUGCGAGGGGGAGGGGGAGGAGCUGAGGGGAAGCAUCGGGGCGGUCAUGAUUGACCCCGUCUCGAAGACAGCGGAGUCUUUCGGAUGCGUCGUGCCCCGCGCCCUCAUGGACCUCCUCCGGAAGGAGACGGGCCACCAGCAGCUCAUCGCCCAGCUCGAGAUUCUCCCGAUGAUCGCUGCUAGGCAUAAGUGGCCAGACCACUUCAGCGAGGGCGGCGGGCGAUCGGUGCUAGCUUUCGUUGACAAUGACGGCGCCCGGUACGGACUCAUCAAAGGGCACAGCCCCUCUGAGGUCAAUGUCUGGCUCCUGAGUGAGUUCUGGGCUGCCGAGGAGCGCGCCCGGAGUGCGACCUACUUCGAUCGGGUUCCGUCCGCGAGCAACGCAGCUGAUGCGCCCAGCCGCCUCCAGUUUGGCGACUUGCCCACGGCGUGGGGACAGCCCAUCCGCGUGGUUCGCCCGCCCAGCUUCGUGGGUGAGCUGAUGCGGAGACGGGAAAAGGUCAUCCGGGAGUACACAAACAACAUCAUAAUCUUGGGCACCAGGAUGUGGUCGCAGGACGCCGAUAUGGCAGCCCAGGACCCAGUGGAGGGCGAGAACCUGGCCUACACCAUCCACUUCUACGCCGCCUCGAUGGGCAAGGAGCUCCGCGCGAGGGUCUCCGACGCGCUGCGCGCGGGCGUCGCCGUCUUUGCCACGGAGUGGGGUGUGUGCGAGUACACGGGCAGCGGCGCCACGGACCUGCGUUCUGCGCAGGCGUGGCUGGACUUCCUGGAGGAGAACUACAUCUCUGAUGCAAACUGGGCCAUCAGCGACAAGGACGAAUCGUGUUCCGCACUGCGAGAGGGCGCCAGUGACUCAGGGGGCUGGCCCGCCAGCGACCUCACGGCGUCGGGCGCCUUCAUCCGGGACUCCAUCCGCUCGUCCAUGCGGCCCUCUGCGAGCGCCGGGCCCGGCAACCUCUGUGAUUCCAGCCAGGUGUGCUCCCCGCUUCCCAGGACGGUGGUGAAGUCUCCGAGGGCCGUAGAGGUUAGCCUCAUGCGCGAGGCACUGCUCAGGGAUUUCAGGGGGCUGCUUGGCCCCCUGGUCAUGUUCGCCGUUCAGCUCUUCAUGCCAGGGAGGAGGCAUUUCUUCCUGCCGGCCCUCAUCAACACGGCCAUAGUAUUGAGCUGCGGGGCCUACAUUCUGUGGGUGCUGGCGACGGCGGACGGACACUUCCAGACUAAGAGGAUGCACAUCCUGAGCGACGCCGUACAGCACACGACUCGCACGCUGGGGCACCUCUCGGUCGUCAUCUGGGCCAACGAGGACCUCUUAGGUCGACUGAUCUUCCUGUACGUCGCGCCCUGUGGUGCUUCGCGUCUGACGUACCCUGGGCCGUACAAGGCCUACGUCGUGGCACACGCAGUCUUGGUCCUCUACAGGUUCACGGGUGGUGUUGCCGAUGAUUGGAUGUUUAUGAUUUCGGCAUUUGCUUGCUGUCAUCUACUCUACGAGGGAUUUGUGACCCGGCGGCGCAUCGAAGAGGGUGCACAAGAGAAGACGCGGGCCAUGGUGACCCUGGCGGAGGAGAUCUCGUGUAGCGUGUUCGAUUGCUUCUGCGAUGCCACUGUGCGCGUAUCAGCGGACUUGGACAUUCUAGAUGAUUCGCCCUCGCUGUCCACCCUUCUCAGCCGGCGCGCCUCAGGCGGACGAUCGUUCCGGGACUUCGUGCACAUGAGUGAUCGCCGGGGGUACAGUGACUUCAUCAAGAACAUCAGCAACGAAGUGGGCGAGUCUGACAGCACACGGACAAGCACAGACAACGUCGGGAGGCUGCAGCUGCGAUCUGUGGGCGUGCACCUGGAGGACUCGUUCAACGUUCCCGUCGAGGUGCACCUCUUUCACGCGUGCAUGGAGACGGUGGACGAGAAGCCCUUCUACCUUAUUGGCAUCAUCGAGCGCGAGUCCUACAGGUACAGCAAGAAGAAGACCGGCAGGUCGGAGAGGCUCCGGAAGGAGCAGAAGAGAAGGGUGGACAGCACCACCUUGAACUUCGAGUCCGGCAUGCUGGAGCCGGCCAGGCCUGCCUUCGAGCAGAAGGACGUCGCCCUCAUGAGCAGCAUCGAGCUCCUCCGGGACGGCACCGCGGCCGACGGGUCUUCGUCCUCGAGGAGGCGGGCGGGCGGCUCCGGCCAGGAGCGGCCAGGCUCGCCGCGGCCAGAAGUGCAUUCGGGCCGCCCCCGGUUUCAGAGCAGCUGA